UAUACGGGAUGAGGCUGCAAGUGGUAUUUGCUGCUCAAAGCAGCCAAAAUCCUCUUGUAUCCAGUCUCCAAAAAGACUGUAGUGCAAAAAUGUAAGUGGAUCAUAGAAAGGCAUCUUCCAUGCUCUGCUUGGUCUGACAGCCAGGAGCCAGGUACGUAACAAAGAGAACCAUGGGGAAUGGAUAAGGGGGCUUGGGAACGUGUGGCCCACACUGGACCCCCGCUGGGCCCAUAGCAGGCUGUGCCUCUCACUCAGCACACGCUGGCAGUAAUCUCACUGCCAUAUGGUGGCUGUGUCUGGCACCUGCUCCCCUGUGUGAGCUAAGGUCAGCAUCUCUCCGCAGGCACAGGAAUUUUAGAGACCCAGUGCUGCUUCAGCUCCUGUGUCACCCGGUACUGCUGCUGUGCCCCGGAGCUGGAGAGGCCCCUUGGCCUCCACAAGGGCUCCUUCCCCAGAUGGGCACCGUGCCUUGCACUGAGCACAUCCUGCACAGCGGGCACCACUCCUCGCAGCCCACCAUCAAAGGCAUGAGCAGGAAGAGAGAAUGCAUGUAUCUUCUUUCACACUGCCUUUCUCCUCCCACUCCUGCUUCUGCUCCAACUCUACCAGUCAUGAGUGGUGUUCCCCAGGGGGUGGUACUGGGGCCUGUCCUGUGCAAUGUGUUUAUUGAUUACCUGGGGGAAGAGAUUGAGUGCACCCUCAGCAAGUUUGCAGAUGACACUAAGCUGGGAGGAGGUGUUGAUUUUUCAGGGAGUAGGAAGGCCCCUUUUUGAGAAGCUUUCUCUCAGGCGAGGGAGCUUUCUCCCUGACCUGGAUAAGGAGUCAAGGAGCCACAAGUUCAGACAUGUAUUUCUAGUUCUGCUCAUAACUGCAUGUGAUCUCGAACAUGGAGUUUAUCUGAUAGCUGAUAAAUCCUCAGGUUAGAGAACUGUGCUAAUGUUCUUUACCUAAGGUCUUAUGUUUAUGUAAGUAACUCCCAUUUGCAUCAAUGUUGUAUACAGUUUGAAAUUCUUUUAGAAUUACUAGACUGGCGAAAGUUCCUCUCUGUGAACUAAACAACCUUUGAGAAAGAAGACUGGUAUUUUAAAAACAGGCCUUAUUAAGAAAGCCGUUGAUGCUGUUUUGUAAAUGCAUGGCUGAAAAAAGGUACACAGGACAGAUCCUUCAAUCUAGCAAUCAGUGCAGGAUGCUUCUCUCCUGGAGGAGAGCAGGUGGCACCUGGGACCUCUUGGCAUUUCUUUUUCUGAGGUUGUAUAAUUUAUUUAGCCUUUUAUUAACACAUUGGUCAUACAUUCCAAAAUCCUGUUCUUUUGACACCCAGCUUAGUUCUCAAUAUUGCACCUGAAAAGCAAGUUUGGUACAAACUUUGUCUUGGCUUUGUAAUCACCAAGGUGAUGGUGUUUGGAAUCAGAGAAAGUGAUUUAGCCUCAGACUUCUUCUCAGCCUCUCAAUGCCCUCUGUUUUCUUUGGGAAACUCAUUAAAAUUCUUCAAAGCACAUUCUAAUCCCUACUUUCUUCUCCUGUUUUGUCUUUGAUUUGACCUUUAAAAUCACUGUGAUCUGAUUUUAGUUCUCACACUUGUUUCUUUACUUCCUUACCUCUAUUAAGUGACAAGCUAGAUUUGUGAACUUUGUACAGUUACAAGGGCAGUGCGUGUGCAUCUUAUCUAUAGCAAAUACCAGGCAAGGCAUGGAAUAGCUUUCAAUAAUUCUGGAGACAAGUGGAGACAAAUAGCUGAGGCACAGAGAUAGCUGGAAAUCAGGCUGGGACAGUCAGGCUGUAUGGCUCCAGCUGGGGUCCUGACGUAGAAGACUUGCAGAAAAGCUAAUAGGAAAUAUUGAAGGUUUAUAAAAAAGUUGUCUUUUAACUGACUUCCUAUUAGAACGAGGAGAAAAUUAAAAAACCCAAUCAGAAAUACAGUGUAAGUAAUCUGUUCUGACUCCUUGUUUGGUGCUGGCAGUUGCUCAUUUCUUCACACAGAGAAUACAGACAUGACAGGACACAGUUACAGCUGGUAGUCCCUUCCUGCUGGCAGGAGCUGGGCUGCUCAUGGCAUUCAGCUCUUCAUAGCACAGAGGACUUCUCCAGCCCUCACUAAGCCCAGAAUGGGGGCAGUCAGGGAAGGAAAGCAAAGGAACUGGUGCAGCACAUGGAGGCUCCUGAGGUCAAAGUUCUGUUACUAAACCUGGCUGGAAAGAUCACCAUGAAACAGCAAAGCAGUGAAAAUGUUGAUUUAGUUGGAUGAAGCCAAGGCUGACCAAAGGCCUUUAUGUGCUGCUGUCCCUGGGCUUGCAGCCAAGCAGAUCAGUCACUGGGGCAGACACAAAGCAUGGCAUCAUUUCUCAGGCCAGGACCCAGCACAUGAUGCUGGAGCCAGCAGCCUUGUCAGCAUCCAGCCUAGUGCUGAGCUGGCUACCUGUUGGCACCCAGGAAUCCCAAAAGCAAACACGAGCAUGCAAUGUGGUCACAGAAUUCCUCUCAUAAGACAGUCUCCUGGGAUGCAGGGCUGGGGAAACCCUAGCAUUGCUGUGGUCAGCUUCCCUUUCCUGCACAAGUAUGGCCACGGCAGCAGUAGGGUUUCAGUCCUGGUGAAUCGGUUAGACUGAAUUCUGCAUGAAAUGGGAAGCUUUCCUGUGUGUGCACAGUGAAGCCCAUAGCAGCUACUGUAAGACAGCAAUAGUUCUGACCUUUUCUGUUCAAUUUAACAAUAUCUGUUUAUACUCAGUAUCAGACUAUGAUAAAGUACAGUCCUUGCUGGAUUUACAGUGCUCAGUAUGACUGAAUGCAUGCCUUCUUAGAUCUCCCAAACUCAGCAGAUAAGAGAGUUAAGCUUUCACUGGGAUACUGGCUGAAGCAGAAAUGAGUAAAGUGAUUAAAAGCAUAGUAUUGUUUGAAAAUCAAUACAGACUGUAAAAUAAGAGCCAGAAGAGAGGUUGCUAAUACGAUAGGUCUGAAUCAGCAAGAUACGUAGAAAGUGCAUCCACCUAACAAGUUUACCAGAGAACAUUAAAAAAAAAAUCAAUAACUAGAGCAUUAAGGGCAGAUUUACAGGAAAUUGCAGGAGAACCAUCCGCACAACAACAGUGAGGCAGCUGUCUAAAUUCAAUAUGCUCUGGAGUGAUCUUCAGAUUCACCAUCUCCUUGCAAGUAAUCUGUUGCCAUCGCUAGGCUGCGGUGGGCAAGUGCUGAGUGCAGGAUAAGCAAGGCUUUGAACCUGGGGUGUCCCACAGGUGCUGCAGCACUCUCUACAUGAAGGCUAAGUGGGAGCACUGAGUAUUUCCCAUUUGCUGGAUGCAAACCUGCUUCCAAACACUGCAGGACAACUGGCAAGCUCAUUCCUUUGCUUACACUUUGCACCAUAUACCUGCUUACUCUUUCACAGCUGCAGAAGUGGAUUCUUCAAAGUGAUAAAGAAUUACUCUUUUGGUAAAUUCUCCCAUUUCAGUAUCAUAACUAUAGCAGAACUGAAGUUCUCUGCACAAUACUGCUGUAACAGAUUGUCCUGCAGCCAUUGCUCUGCAGGGGGAUCAAUGGAGAACAGGUGAAGCUUUGUCAGAGCUGCCUCUUUUGCUUUGAACCUCGUGGUAGAGAGGAUGUCAGUGUUCAUUACCCUCCCAGUAUAGCUGGAGCACCAGACCGGUGAUAAUUACUCUUAGAGGAAGGAGUGACUCUGCUAUAAGGAGAUUUUCAGGCCUCGGGAAAAAUAUUUCUAGAUUGAAAAUAGUAACUACUUGCUAGCUCAAAAACUCUAAGCAAACAAGUCCUUGAGAUAUGCAUUUAUAGAACUACAGUGAUAUUACACAGCAAUGCUUGACCGCAUUAGCCCUGUUGAGUAUUGCUGAGUAUUGUUUUUGCAUUUAUUUUUCCAUCAUCCAAAAGUGUGCAGUUGAGAUGACAAUGAGUUUGUUCACAUUGAAUCCUAACCAGCAGCUGGAAAAUAUCUGUGAUUUCACCUAGAAUCUUCCUGUUCAUAUGGCACCCUUAGAACACCAGGGAGGCAGGGUAUACUUCUGCUGUUAAAAGAAGUCUGAAAUUUUAGUGGGAAGUGAUUUGUUCAUGCUUAGUUUUCUUGGGUUUUCUCCUCUCCAUUUUGCAAGAAUAGUAUAAUUCAACAGUUUGAGUGCUUGAGUGCUGCUUCCUCCUUAAGGUAUUAGCUGUACUGUGGCUUGUUGGUAGAUACAGGGUAGGAUCCUGAAGCCAAAUACGUCGUCACAUCAGUACUGUUGACAUACUUUUCAGUGGAGGCAGGACUGAGCCAGGGAAGAGUCCCCUUCUGUUUUGCCUACCCAAGCACCACAGCCACUGAAAUGCUGCUCUUAAAAUGAUGGUUGUUUUUCCUUCUAUCCCUUUGUUCCAUAUGGUGCAGCCAGUCAAACAGUCCUAACACACGGCUCCAUGAAUGCCAGCAUGGUGCAGAGAGAUGAAAUGUGCACAAGGCUUAUGACAGACACUGAGUUUCACAAGCUGUCUGCUGUGUGCUUUGGCACGCUCUGAGGCAGCAUGUCCACUGCACAGCACGUCCUUCUGUGAGGUGAGAUGGCACCACCUCCCAUGGACAGAGCCGGACUGAAUUGCUGCGUGCUGGCAGUGUUCAUGCAUGCUGGUAGUGCUGGGGAAAUAAUGAAUAACAGUGAUGGCGUUCUAAGGAGCGAGCUGCAUUCCCAAGGCUCCUGCAACAACAGUAGGAUCCAUAUUGGUUGAGAGGAGGAGGAAUGUCACAGCUGGAAAAAGAGUUGGAUUUGACAGCGCUGAGUCUGGGAGGUUCUGAUGGGCUUGUCAGGAGGGUUUUCUGAACUUAAAUACCUGUAUUUUUAAAGAUAACUUCAAAACAGUUGGGCAGGCAGCAGAUUUCAAUGACUACAUUUUGACUGCUAUCUUGGCUUGCAUGAGCACUAUGUUUCAAAUACUGAGAGAAAUCCUUUGCUGUUCACCAUUACUUAAAAAGCUUCAGGAUUGCCCUGCACAGCUGGCGAGAAGAGCACCUAGAGCAGGGAGGUGACAAGCCUUUACUCUAUAAGGGGAUGCUGUAGCAGCAGCGUGCUGCUUGGUGUGGUUUUCAAGUGGGAAGUGACUGCAGAGGUGUGGGUCGUGAAAGAAAAUAAUGCUGCUAUGGCAAAGAAGACUUUAAACCACAGCAGAGCAGUGUCGAAGCAGCCUGGUCAGGUGACAGUCAUGCUUCCUUCCUCCUUGCCCUUCCUGCACCGCCAUGGGCUCUUUGGAGACUGUUAAGCACUUUCUACAGGAAUUGCAUCUUCAGCACAGGGCAUGCAUCAGUCGUUCCUCACAGAUGCAAAACAUGAGGAGCAGCAAGGCAGCAAGUGGGAUUUCUAUAUCCAUAAUAAGGAGAUGUAUUGCAGGCAGCUGGUGCUGCUCCUGUGCUGCCUCUGGCAGGGCCUGGGAGGAGGAGGGAGGAGUGUCUGUUUGUCCUGAAGCACAGUGGCCAUUUCUCUUCUCCCUGCUCAGGAAAGUACUUUGUUUAUCUCAGGGAUGUGGCCACCCAGAGAAGUCAAAUCUCAUGCUGUUCUUUCAUCUGCUUUGAAAAAAUGACCUAAGACUGUGUCCUUCUGUGUUUGUUUCCUGACAAUGCACAGACACUGCACUGCUGGCAUUCAGGGCAACUACUAUCAGAGAGGUGAAGGCCUUAUUCUUGUUUAAGGCAUGCACUACAGUUCAUUCAUUGCAUACCAACAGCCCUAGCAAAUAAUUCAGAAUGAGCACUCUAUCAUACACCUUUAUUGGGAAAGUUCUUCUUUCUCUGCAUCCAUUUUAAUCAUUGCAAAUUUUCUGUCAUGAAGCCUAGAGCAUCUUCCUCACCUCUGGUUUUAUCCCUCUCAGAUCCAGCUCAUUGCCCGCAUGCUCUGCAAUUUUCCUAGUUUGAGACACAGCCAGUCACUCCCUAGCUUUGGCCUGUUAUAAUCUACUUCAAAUCCACCAAUCUUUUCUGUAUAAAAUUUUCUGUGCAGUAUCAAUACAUAAACUCUUGUCAUUUGCUCUACAACACUCAAGCAAUGUUGCUUACUUUGCAUCUUUUUUGACUGACUAAAAUGUUAAUAGCCAAUGCUGAGCCUAUGAAAAAGAACAGCUUUUCUUCUGAUCAGAUCACUCCUGGGAGAACAUAAAGAGUUCUUUUUCCACAACCCAGAUCCUUCAUAUUCUCUUGUUGCACACCAAGCUCUGAGAUCUGGAGGUAAAAGCAGUGCAGCACAGCAAAAGUGUGCUGGUCAGCAGGCAAAGCAUUGGUCUCCAAAAGACCAUUGGAAAGCCAGGUGUGCUGCAGGUAUGCUGGCAUGUUACUGCGCAUGUCGCUCAUCCCAACGAGCUACAGACUGUAAGCCAACCAGUGAAGAGAAUUCAGUAUUUGUAUGCAUUAAUAGAGAUAGGGAAGGCUUGUUGUCCAUAAAUAAGACGCUUUGAUUCACUCCUCCAUAAAUAGAAUCAAUUAAUUCAUGAGAGCCACUCUGAUACAAUUUUACAACAAGAUUGAAAGCCAUCUCUAUUGAUCUCUUCAAAUCAAUUGUGCUGUUCAAUGCGAAUUGGUGCAAAGCAUCACUUGGUCAUCUUUAUGACUCUCCUACAUCGGUACACUUGGAGUGUCAUCUGUAUCAUUUCACAUCUGCCGAACUGAGCAAAUAUCCCAUCUGCCUCAUUGGAGUGAUAAUGUUAUGAGCUCAAACUCAGAUUAUGAUAAUGAACAACCCACUCAUUUCUGAUCAGAGAGCUAGCUGAGGGAUUAGAUUAUUUUUUAAAGCUUACAAAGGUUCUCUACUAAACAUCAGGUUUUGCAGAAAGAAAAGUAACUCUUCGCUUCAGGAAAAAUCAUUUUUUGGCACCGCAGAAUUUGCUUACAGGUUCCACUUGCUGUCGAAGAGCCGACAGAAUUGGCUGGGAAGUCUUUUUGCUUCCACAGGCAUCUGCCCAUCUAAGGACUCAGCACAGAAGAUCUUGCUUUUCUCCAAGUCAGUCCUAUAAAAUCCUAAGAAAAUGAGCAUCUUCUGUACAUCCGUCAUAAGGAUGAAUGCAUCCCUCCAGAGACAAUCCAACAUCUCCUCAGAUUUGGAAGUUUCUUCAUAUUAUUUGCUGGAGGAAUGGACUCUCAACACACCAGACACAAACGUGAAGAUGUUUUUAAUCCCUCCCAUCAUUUGCCUCGUGGCAGGUGUCCUCAUCAUUCCUUCCAUCUUGUUUGUGAUCUUCUCUAGGUUUAACAUCCGCCAGGAGACAAGGUACAUGCUGCUGGGGAACGCUCUGCUGUGCGACCUGCUCUACCUUUUGCUCUACACCCUGUCAGCUGUUCUCAGUGCAGCACAUGUAAGCCUCCCAAAGGAAGCCUGCAUUCUCCAGUUGUUUUCACUGGCCGUGGCUUACUGUGGAGGAUUGUUCACAGCUGCUGCGAUGGUUUUGGACACGUACAUAGCUAUUCUGUUUCCUCUGCGCUACAUUGCUAUUCUGCCUUCUUCACGAACAAGGAAAGUGAUUGUAUUGCUCUGGCUCUGUUCUGGGGCUCUCCCUGGGGUUUUCUUCCUGGUGCUAUCCAGCACUCACAGCUUUGUGCCCUGCGUCCUGGAGAUGUGCGCCAUUCCAGUCAUAAUAUUGCUGACUCUGAGCGGGACCAACGCGGUGAAACUCAGUUUCUGGCUGUCUGCUAUGGCUAUCUUUCUCUUCCUGUCCCUAAUAUUCUGCUGCUAUGGCGUUCUUUAUUUUAAAACCAGGCGAUCAGGUAUAUGGAAGAGCAUCUGCUCCAGAGCCAGCGUGACGUUCUUAAUGCACAACACUGUGUUCUUCUUUUAUUUUUCUCCACUUUUGGUUCUGUUCGUGGAAUCAUUCUUGUACGUUAACAUUGUCAUUGGACUGCAGACAUCAAUUUGGAUCUCCCUGACGAUCUGUAACGUCCUGAUGAUUUUGCCUAAAGUUUUGUUCCCCUUUCUGUACGGGCUUCGAUAUAGAGAGAUCUCAGCAUCUCUCAGAUCCCUUGUCAGAAUUAAGCGUCUUCACCUGGUGUCACCUGCUCCAUUGCCAUCCUGAGGCAGCACAGCAGACAGCCGCAUCCUUGCCUCAUCAGUGUGUAAGCCUGGUGGCAAUCACUCAGCUUCUGUCAGAAGGCCACAGGUCUUUCAUCACAUCACAGCUGGGAUUGCAGCAGAUGCUGCCCCAUGAAGUUCCAACCUUCAUUCUGGUGUUGGAGGAGAUAAUGAGUCAAAGUCAUUUCCACCCACUUGUGGCAGAUGCCCUUCUGGAAAAUAGAAAAUGAAAAACUAGAUGGUGUGAAGCAGAGGGGCGCAAAGCAAAGGGGGUAGCUAGAGCUCCUGACAGAUCACCUACAUGAGCAAGAUCCUUAAACAAGUGUGCUGGGAGCAGAACCACUGGUUUUUUUCCCUGACAAUGUAUUCUUGCAAAGUUGGUAACUGACAUCCUAUUCUAUAAAACAUUUGAAGGAAGGUGCAUCUGCAGACCGCAGCGCCAUGCUGCACCGCAUGCUGUGCGUUAUCCUGUGUCUGCCAAACAAUGUGCUCCCAUGGAGCUGGGCUGCUGGGCAGCCUCGGGGGCAAACGAGGGGCACUGGUGGCCACCUCAUUAGCUGAAGCAACUGCUCGUGGAGUUGCAGGCUAAAAAUAUCCCUUCAAAGAGAAGUGAUGUUGUUUUCAGUCUAACCGAGAUUACCCGAGAUCUGUUUUGUAGCAUGUUCUGCAAACUGCCGUGUCAGCACAGCUGAGGGGAGAUACAUUUUGUUGUGGAGGUGGGAAUGAGCAGGGACGUGGUGGGGCUGUUCUGUGAAGGGACCUCCUUGUGUGAGAGCAUCUUGAAGCUGAAGUUGUUGCAAGUGAAUAAACCAUCUUGCAUGUUUGUUUCACUCAUGGCUCUGUGCUUCCCGUGUG